AUGCCCCUCCAACAAGACCGCCACACGAAGGUCGACGACGACCGGGAGCGGAGGAUCUGGAUGCCCGUCCUCUGCGCCGCCCUAAUUUUUCAGCUCACCCACGAGCUCAGCCACAAGUCUGACGGCAUAGCCACCGGGUCAACCGACCCGCCGACCCGGCCCGGACCUGGCCCGGUCAAACCCUUUGACCGCGUGUCCAAACCCGGCUCGGAUUUCAAGCGGGCCGGUCCAGGGCCUUCUUUUUGUCGACAUCGACCCGACGGGCCGGGCCGGGUCGGUUUGCUUGAAGACUUGGGAGCCAGUCAGAGUCACGUCAUAGUGCAUUGUAACAGUCAGAGUGCUAUUCACUUAGCAAUGAAUCAAGUAUUUAAUGCAAGAAUGAAACAUAUUGAUGUUCGCUAUCACAAUGUGCGGGAGAUUCUAGAAGAUGAAAAUGUUGUUUUGAAAAGAUCAAGAAGACGGAGAAUCCUGCAGAUAUGA